AGAUGAGAAAUAGAGAAUGAGAGACGCAAAACAAUAGAGAAAGUAAUAGGAUGAGCCUCUGUUCUCUCACUUCACCAAACCCCUGCAGCACCACCAUUUCCAUUACCAUCAAAAAUGGCGGACAACCCAAAAACUACACCAGCAAUUAUCUUCAAAAUUCACUCAAUUGGCCCAACAACCCUUCAAUUGGAGCCGCCAUAGCUGGUGCUGCACUCUCCUUCACCCUCUUACUAUCUCCUCCUCUUUCAAUUGCUGCUGAUUCUCCUCUUUCCGAUCAAUCGUCGUUGUCGUCUGAUUCGUAUUGUCGCGAAGAUGAGAGAGAAUUUGGAGCUGAAAUGGAGUUAUCGGCGCCGAAAUUGAAGACGAAUGAGGGGAUUGUGGAGGAAGCUUGGGAGAUUGUUAAUGAAAGUUUUCUUGAUACUGGUCGUAGUCGUUGGUCUCCGGAGUCUUGGCUUACUUGGGAGUAUACUUUGGCUAUCAAAUCAUAUCGCAAGAAGGAAGACAUAUUGAGCACUUCUAUUAAGACUAGGUCAAAGGCUCAUAGUGUUGUUCAAAAAAUGCUGGCAAGCUUGGGAGAUCCUUAUACGCGUUUUUUGUCACCAGAAGAGUUCUCGAAGAUGGCAAGAUAUGACAUCACUGGCAUUGGGCUAAAUCUCAGGGAGAUUCCUGCUAGCAAUGGAAGUUUCAAAUUGAAGGUGCUUGGACUCGUGUUGGAUGGGCCUGCUCAAACUGCUGGAAUUAGACAGGGUGAUGAAAUCUUAUCUGUUGACGGGGAGGAUGUGAGAGGCAAAUCAGCUUUUGAAGUAUCAUCAAAGUUGCAAGGUCCCAGUGAAACUUUUGUAACAGUUGAGGUCAAGCAUGGAAAUUGCGGUCCAGUUCAGUCCGUCAAAGUUCAGAGGCAGAUGGUUGCUAGACCUCCAGUGUUCUACCGAUUGGAGAAAAUUGACAAUGGUGCAACCUCUGUUGGAUAUGUGCGACUAAAGGAGUUUAAUGCGCUGGCCAGAAAAGAUAUAGUGACAGCAAUGAAGCGCCUUCAAGACCUAGGUGCCUCAUGUUUUGUUCUGGAUCUAAGAGACAAUUUUGGUGGCCUAGUGCAGGCUGGGAUAGAAAUCGCAAAGCUGUUUCUGAAUGAGGGGGAUACGGUGAUUUAUACUGCUGGAAGGGAACUGUCUCAGAAUGCCUUUGUGGCAGAGUCUCCACCAUUAGUUACAGCACCUGUCAUGGUUUUGGUGAACCAUAAUACCGCAAGUGCCAGUGAAAUAGUGGCAUCUGCUCUUCAUGAUAAUUGCAAAGCUGUUCUGGUGGGAGAAAAAACCUAUGGCAAGGGUCUCAUUCAAUCAGUUUUUGAGCUUCAUGAUGGAUCUGGCGUGGUUGUCACAAUAGGGAAGUACAUAACACCUCACCACUUGGAUAUCAAUGGCAAUGGAAUAGAGCCUGACUUCUCUAACAUCCCACGAUGGAGUGAUGUGACAAAAUCUCUUUCUACUUGCAAUCGGUUGAUACAGGGAUGAAUGAAGCAAACCAAUCUUGUUUGUUGGACUUGUCAUGUAGACAUGAAGUUCUGCUGAUUUUACUGCUUCUUGUUUUGAUUUUCUUACGACAAAUCUGGUGUUGGGUAUGAUUCACCGAAGCAAGUUUAUUUUAUCUUACGGUGGUAACAUAAGUAACAUGAGUUAGGAUCCCCUCAUUUUGAGUUCAGCUUGAGCUUGGCAGAGUUGAUUGAAAGUGCUCCUCUUGUAUUAUUUAUCUCUACUUGUAAUUAAUGUAUGUAUAUUCACCAAAACAAUUUUGUACGUGAAUUGCUACUCAAAUAAACCUCUUUUAUAGAAAGAUUUUGAUAGCAGGUAGUUUGACUGCAAUUAGAUCUCUGACUCGCCUAGUUAUUCUGUUUA